GAUGGAUGCCAACCGCCCUGCAACCUCAAAGAGGAAGAAGAAGAAAAUCAUCUGACUGAGCGGGAAGUCACGUGACGACGUGUUAUCAUAUGACCGGGUGAUUCUCUAUUGUCGCCAGCUGGUCGAAGAGGAACCAGGCGAAGAUGCAGGCGGCGGUGGUGUUGUGUUACUUCCUGCUGUGUCUGCUGGGUGGAGACGCGGCCCCGGCGGGCGACGAGGUGACCUUCCUGCCUGGUCUGGUGAAACAGCCGAACUUCAAACAAUACUCUGGCUACCUGAGCGUGGCCGGCGGAAAACACCUGCACUACUGGUUCGUGGAGUCCCAGAAGGACCCGUCCUCUGACCCGGUGGUGUUGUGGUUGAACGGCGGCCCAGGCUGCAGCUCUCUGGACGGACUUCUGACCGAACACGGCCCCUUCCUGAUCCAGGAUGACGGAGUGACGUUGCAGUACAACCCGUACUCUUGGAACAAGAUUGCCAACAUGUUGUACCUUGAGUCUCCAGCAGGAGUUGGUUUCUCGUACUCUGAUGUUCCAAAUUAUGAGACAAAUGACACUGAGGUGUCGAUGAACAACUACCAGGCUCUGAAGGAGUUCUUCCGUCUUUUCCCAGAGUACAGCAGCAACAAACUCUUCCUCACCGGAGAGAGUUACGGGGGAAUCUACAUCCCCACGCUCAGUGAGCGGGUGAUGGAGGACAGCAGCCUCAACCUGCAGGGCAUUGCCGUUGGAAACGGUAUGGCAAGUUAUGAGAUGAACGACAACUCUCUGGUUUACUUCUCGUAUUAUCACGGCCUGUUGGGACGAGCACUGUGGACCAGACUGCAGAUGUUCUGCUGCAGGGACGGGACCUGCGACUUCUACAACAGCCAGGACAAGAACUGCUCUGACAGCGUCUCAGAGGUUCAGAGCAUCGUCUACAGUUCAGGACUGAACAUGUACAACCUGUAUGCACCUUGUGCAGGUGGAGUCGGUCAGAGAGUCAGUGUUGACGGUGGUCAGCUGGUGAUCAGGGAUCUGGGGAACUUGUUCAUCAACCACCCAUGGAGUCGGCUCUGGAGUCAGAAGUUACGAGGUCUGGCGUUUCACCACGCCUCUGUCCGUCUGGACCCGCCCUGCACCAACUCCACCCCCUCCUACCUCUACCUGAACAGUCCGUUCGUCAAAGCUGCUCUGCACAUCAGCCCCAAGGCCCUAGACUGGCUUAUCUGCAGUUUGGAGGUUAAUAUGAACUACGGUCGUAUCUACAUGGACAUGAGGAAACAAUACCUGAAGCUGCUCUCUGCUCUGAAGUACCGGGUGCUGGUGUAUAACGGAGACGUGGACAUGGCCUGUAACUUCAUGGGGGACGAGUGGUUCGUUGAGUCUCUGCAACAGGAGGUGGUUGUCCAGAGGCGUCCAUGGUUCUACGACGAUGACGACGGUCGGCAGGUCGGCGGCUUCAUCAAAGAGUUCGAGAACAUGGCCUUUCUCACAGUCAAGGGUUCUGGUCACAUGGUUCCAUCAGACAAGCCAAUCGCUGCCUUCGCCAUGUUCACCAGAUUUAUCAAGGGGCAACCUUACUGACCUCUGACCUCUCUGAUCUGAUUGGACUCUUCGAUGCUGCUAUACUUUUUUCCUUUUCUGCCACUGCCAGCCAAUCAGCACAGAUAAUUUUUAAAGGAAAUCAAUCGCAGCCACUCACUCACCUGGUCACUGUGUCAGCUUUGUGUGGUUGUCAUGGAAACGGGCCCUGCCGUCAGUAACUGUACUGUGAAAUAAAGUUUGAUUUGAAACGAG